AUGUAAUUAAAACGCAAAGCUGUGAGGACAAAGCAUCACACUGCUGAGGAGGCAUUUAUGUAAAAACAGUUGCUGAUACAGGAUUUUAUUAUCAUGUCAAUCCUGGACUAUUUUUCAUAUUUCAAUCCAACGAACAGAUCUAUGUCCUUUGCUUGAACUAUUUCUGGAAGGCGAGUCAGGCAAAGUGGACAACUGCCCUAGGGCCCUAGACCCCCAGGGGCCCCAAACCCCCCAGGUUUACUGUAAUUUUGUAGUAAUUUUGUUAAAUGUAAUUUUCUUUGGGAAUAUCAGAAUAUACACUACUAAAAUACAAUAGAGGCUGACGUGAUAAGAGCAAAGGUAUAUUUAUUUCUUCAUUUUAUUGUAUUUCCUUUAGCUUCAACCGUAGCAGUUGCUAAUCCUCCAGGGGUCCACACACACACAUAAAAUGUCCAAAUAAAACAUUAAUAAAAAAAAUAUGGCAAUGUCUAAACCAGACCACAAAGUCGUUAAUGACUUCUUGUCUUCAAGAACCUUCCUUUGUCAAACUCAAGUUUUAUACUAGUGUGACUCCCCAAAUUGUGUUUGAUCACCACAUUACCACACAGCAAACCUGAAGUUAUUCUAGCACAGGAAUACGAUCCACAGAGAUGGAAACUUAUAAUAAAACUUAUUUUCACCCCAGGCCCCCCAAACAGAUUAAUCUGGCUAUGCAUACAGUAUGAACAUGGAUAUAUGGAUAUAUGGACAUAUUCCUGUAAACGUUUUUGUGUUCUACUCUAAAUAUUAGUAUUAUCCUCAAUCUGCAGCCUUAAUAUAUUAUAAUUGGGAUGAGGACAUUGAGAAGAGUCAAUGAUGCACAUGAAUGUGUCACACUGUCACUUUUCUGCAUGUACGUUAAACCUUUAUGUGGAAUGUUAUGAUAAGGUGAAUACAUAUAAUACAUAUAUCAUAUGCAUGUCAAUACUUCCCAUUAUGUAUUGGACUGGUAGCUCUUAAUGUGAUAUAGGAAAAUUUUUAUGGAUAUCCUGAAGACCUCUGCUGUAAACUAUUACUAACUAAUACUAAUAUUUUACACUUAAAUCUCAUUUUCUACCUCUUGAUAUGUGAUUCUAAUUCAUUGCACAUUUUAAUUUCAUAUAACCUAUUCUUAUAUGGCAACUUUAUAAUGAUUUUUUCUCCAUGUUGUACUUCUGCUCCUAUAAUUUAUACUAUUUAGCUGACAUUUAUCUUUCCAUAUUGCAUGUUUAUAUGCCCUUCUAUGAUAAUAUAAAUGAUAUUUUCACUGAAAUAUGCCUUUAUUUUGUUACUAUUUGUUCUGCCACUACCGAAUUUCAACCUGAGGUGAAAACUUCUAUUAAAUAACCUAUAUGACAUUGAAAUCAUUGAAACAUGCACAUAUCAUGUACAUGCACAUAAACACUUCCCAUUUUUAUGACUCAAUUUGGAUAUAAGCACAUUUUGGAUAUCCUGAAGAUCUCUGCUCAUUAUAUUCUUAUAUAACGUUUUUUUUUUAAACUGUCAAUUACCAUAGACUGCAUUUUUGCUACUGCAGCUGCUGCUGUUUUGCAAGCCAUUUACCCUUCUCUUAUUUCCCAUCUUUUCCCAUUGUUUAAUUCACAGUUCUACUAACUGAUUCUUAUUGACAUUGUCAGUUGCAUAUGUAUAUGUCCUUUUUUUGGUUACAUUAAGAUAUGCCUUUAUUCUAUCAGUGUUUGUUCUGCAGCGACCGAAUUUAUCCUCGUGGGUGUUUAAGUUUCAACUGGCAGUAAAAACUCAAAUUAAACUCACAUUAAAUAACCUACAGCAUAAUACAAAGAAAUGCACGGAAUAUGCGCAAAUGCAUGCACAAAAUAUGCAAAAAUGCACAAAACAUGCCCUCAACCAUAACAAUGGUGCAUCACAUUUUAAGAUGCACGUCAUCAUUCUUACAUUUUCACUGUUAAUUCGGGGAGAGAGCGCUAUUUUUAGUCUCCCUGCACGACUAUUACCUCCCCUCUGUAACGAGGUUUUCUGUUAACUCUGUGUGAAAUGAGCAUUUGACUCUGCAAUAAAAAUAUAUGAGGGGAAGAGAUGCGGGAAAGACCAAAUCGUUGCUAUAUUGGACCAUCCACCGGUGCAGCUGGUCUAUUUUUAGCUGGGAACUACAUCAGCUCUGACUGCAGACACUGUGAGGGGAAAUCACCAGCGCUGUUUUGCUGCUGUCUUCACCCAACCACUGACAUUUCACUCAAACACAUUAAAGCGGGAGAAAGACACACAGUAGAAUGUAAUAUUUACUGUGUGUUUGUGUGCGAGCUGUGCGUCUCAGAGGCGAGACAAAGAGAGAAAGUAAACCCGGAGAAAAUAUUGUCACAUCAAUUUUUUUUUUUGUGUGACAAGGGCUGUUCGCUGAGCCUCGUGGUGAGGUGUUUUGACUAUCAUCAUAAGCAAGCCUCCUAUGAGUCCUGUUAGAGCGCAGGAUCACCGGUAACCUUGUCUCAGGCACAGCAGGUGGUCCGAGGGGGGUGGGGGGGCGGGUGGGGGUGGAGGAGAGAGAGAGAGAGAGAGAGAGAGAGAGAGAGGCUGCACAUUGGUCGGGCUACUUUUCUGACGACACACCAACAAUCGUCAACCUGUGGAUAGGGCGCGCGCGGGGCUCUGUUGUCUCCACUGCCACCCUCUCCCCUCUGACACCCAUCCCGACAUCCAGGACGCAUGAACUGGGAGAGGGUGCCGGUUCGAUUCCCGAACGGAGGAGAGGAACCGAAAAGUUGAGGGGUCGCGCGCCACCCCGCUUCAUGAAUGGCCGGAACAUGGAGGAGAUGCCAUUCGAAAGAGUCAAGACCCGGCGGAGGAAGGGUCACUGUCCGGCCGGUGCACCCCUGGGCGCCAUCGCCUGCGAGGACGAGUUCAAUAGCCAGGAGCUGGAGGCUCUCUUCCAGAACUACAACCUGAAGCUGGAGCAGACCGCCACCCUCAAAGCGCUGGCGGUGCUCAUCGUGGCCGCGUCGUCGCUGUCCCUGAUGGAGCUGCUGUCCAACCCGCGUCUCACCUUGUCCAAGGGCUCCUACCCGGUGCACUGCGUGGUAUUCCUGUCGUUGUUUAUCGUCACCAACGUCAAAUACCUGCAGGUGACGCAGCUGCAGCAAAUAGCGAAGCUGGCCCUGCUGUUCAGCUUCACCUUUGCUCUGCUCUGCUGCCCGUUCCCGUUGGCGCUCGGCACGGCGGAGCUGGUGAGCGCCGGUGCCCCUGAGCAAGGCGUGUGGCAGCUCAUGCUGGUCACCCUCGUGGCUUACGUGCUGCUGCCGGUGCGGACGCUGCUGGCUGUGCUGUUCGGGGUGAUGCUGGCUGCAUCCCACUUCAUUGUUAUAGCGACGUCGGUCACGGGAAGGAAACAGAAGCUGUGGCGACCGCUGGUGGCCAAUGCGGUGCUGUUCACCAGCGUCAACUUGUCGGGGGUGUUUGUGAGGAUUCUCACGGAGCGCACCCAGAGGAAAGUCUUCCUGCAAGCCCGCAACUGCAUCGAGGAGAGGCUGAGACUGGAGGAUGAGAAUGAGAAACAGGAGCGUCUGCUAAUGAGCCUACUGCCCAGGAAUGUUGCCAUGGAGAUGAAGGAGGACUUCCUGAAGCCGCCUGAAAGGAUCUUUCACAAGAUCUAUAUCCAACGUCAUGACAAUGUCAGCAUCCUGUUUGCAGACAUUGUGGGUUUCACCAGCUUGGCUUCUCAGUGUACUGCUCAGGAACUGGUCAAACUACUCAACGAACUCUUUGGGAAGUUUGAUGAGCUGGCUACAGAGAAUCACUGCAGGCGGAUAAAGAUCCUGGGGGACUGUUACUACUGUGUGUCGGGACUGACCCAACCCAAGGCAGACCACGCCCACUGCUGUGUGGAGAUGGGACUGGACAUGAUUGACACGAUCGCGUCGGUGGUGGAGGCGACAGAGGUGGAUCUGAACAUGCGUGUUGGUCUGCACACAGGACGGGUGCUGUGUGGCGUGCUUGGCCUCAGGAAGUGGCAGUAUGACGUCUGGUCAAACGAUGUCACACUGGCAAAUAUGAUGGAGGCCGGAGGGCUGCCUGGCAAGGUGCACAUCACAAGGACCACCCUGGAGUGUUUGAAUGGAGACUACGAGGUGGAACCGGGCUUCGGCCACGAGAGACAUGCCUUCCUUCAGAAACAUCACAUAGAGACAUAUUUCAUCGUGCCAUCACACAGACGCAAAAUCUUUCCCGGUCUUAUUCUGUCAGACAUCAAACCAGCCAAGAGGAUGAAGUUUAAGACAGUGUGCUACCUGCUGGUGCAGCUGAUGCACUGUAGGAAGAUGUUCAAGGCCGAGAUCCCCUUCUCCAACGUCAUGACCUGCGAGGAUGAUGACAAGCGGAGAGCCCUGCGGACUGCGCCAGAGAAGCUGAGGAGUCGGACGUCCUUCUCAGCCGCGGCCGUGCAGCACUCGCCAGGAACUCGAGUCAACCGCUACAUCGGGCGGCUCAUCGAAGCACGGCAGACCGAGUCCGAGACAACAGACCUCAACUACAUCACCCUGUUCUACAGGAGCAGAGACAGGGAGCGCAGGUAUCACCAGGUGUAUGACGACCAUUUCAUCAGUGCAGUGGUUCUCUCUCUGAUCCUCGCUGCUCUGUUUGGCCUUAUCUAUUUGCUAAUGAUCCCACAGGGGAUGCUGGUGCUGCUGCUGCUGGUGCUAUGUGUGUGUUUCCACGUGGCCUGUGUCAUGUACCUACAUCUCACCAGUGUUCAGUGCCAACCAGGCUGCCUCACCAUCCAGAUCCGAACAGUGCUGUGUAUCUUCCUCAUUCUGCUCACCUACUCUGUUACCCAGGCCUGUGUGGUGGGAUGUGUUCCUUGGGGGAGAGUUGGGACAAACUCCAGCGACUCAGUGGAGGAUGUCCCUGCAGACGCCAACAGCACAGCAGCAGACAGAGCUUGUCCCAACAUGGCGUACGCCCUGCUGUCCUGCGUGGCCUGCACCCUCACUAUUGUCCCCUACCUCAGAGUCUCCUCGCUCCCCAAGAUCCUCCUGCUCCUCCUCCUCUCUGUCACCUACACCGUCGUCAUGGAGACCAGCGGCUAUCGCCAAGCUGUGGGAGGAGGGUUUCUCCACACACAGGGGUACGAUCCUGUGUUGGCUGUCUUGCUGUUUUCUGGAGCUCUGGCUCUCCAUUCAAGACAGCUGGACCUGAAGCUGCGGCUCGACUAUCUCUGGGCUACUCAGGCGGAGGAAGAGAGAGACGACAUGGAGAAGGUGAAGCUGGACAACAAGAGGAUCCUGUUCAAUCUGCUGCCGGCGCAUGUGGCUCAGCACUUCCUCAUGUCAAACCCCAGGAACAUGGACCUGUACUACCAGUCCUAUGCUCAGGUUGGAGUGUUGUUCGCCUCCAUCGCCAACUUCAACGACUUCUACAUUGAGCUGGACGGGAACAACAUGGGCGUCGAGUGUCUCAGGCUGCUCAAUGAGAUCAUCGCUGACUUUGAUGAGCUGAUGGACAAAGAGUGCUACAGGGAUAUUGAGAAAAUCAAGACUAUUGGCAGUACAUACAUGGCUGCAGUAGGGCUGGUUCCUACAACUGCCUCCAAGGCGAAGAAGUCCAUCACCUCACAUUUAUGCACAGUGUCAGAUUUUGCCAUCGAGAUGUUUGACGUCCUGGAUGCCAUCAACUACCAGUCUUACAAUGACUUUGUCCUGAGAGUAGGAAUCAAUGUGGGACCAGUUGUGGCAGGAGUCAUUGGAGCCAGAAGACCUCAGUAUGACAUCUGGGGAAACACAGUGAACGUAGCCAGCAGGAUGGACAGCACUGGAGUACAAGGAAAGAUACAGGUAACCGAGGACGUUUAUCGUCUCAUCACAGACUACUACAACUUCGUUUGCCGCGGCCAGGUCAGCGUGAAGGGCAAAGGUCAGAUGCUCACAUACUUACUGGAAGGGAGCAGGCAAAGCAGCAGGCCAUCUCAAACCCAGCAGCAGCUAGGCAAUGUCGAGCGCCGUUCGAGCGCGUUCACCCGUGGCAGCGUGUGCACCAGGCUGAGCCCCGCCCCCACGGUGACCACCUACGCUACCAUCAGGACCCCGAGCCCGAGCAUGGCCAAACCAACCACCUCCACCAGCACCACCAGGUACCUGCCCUCUGCCCCCACGGCAAUGGUGUGACGGAGGCUGUCUCCAUGGCGACCGUGGAAAACAAGAAAAUGAGAGUGGAGGUGGGGGAAUAGCGUGGAUGGCAACAACAUAGCAGUAGCAGAGAGAGUUCAUUAAAAGAGUUUAUUAAAAUGAGGAAAAAGUAGAGCCGUUCUCCACUCUUCUUGUACUGUCUGUGGGACGCAGGGGCUGAGAUGCUGAUCGUCCAAUGGGAGGCCUGGACUCGGGCCUGGACUGCGUUUAGGCCUGAUCACGGGAGUCUGAGGCGGCCUCGGACCCACGGACUCUCCCUCCACACUCGAACCCUGUUUGUCGUUUCACACCUCAGGGUGUCAUGAACAGGAUACAGGAUGCUUUAGCCACGUUGCUCUGUAAUCAAUCAAAGGCCACAGAUGGCUCCACAAUUUCAGAGUUGACUCCCAAAACUGUAUAAAAAUAUAAUAAAGUAAAUCAGCAUCAAAAUAAAAACGCCUUGCAAUGCACAAUUGAUAGUGUAGCACGCAGGCCUCUCACAACAACAUCCCGAAAUUCCUUUAACAACUUUAGCUGACCCUUUUCUCUCAGUAUAAAACCAAAUCAGUGCUGUUGCCUUAGCGACCACUCCUCACAAUGAGUUUCUUGCCAUUUUUUUGUUGCCUUUUAGAUCCUUUAUUGAUUUAUUGGACACCAAUUCAGAUGAAUUAAUGAACUAAUUACAGCAUUGUUGUCCAAGAUAUACAUGUUUUUAAAGUGGAUGAAGCCAAAUGUAUAAUUGUAAAUGGCAGUUAAUGGUGCCAAAACACGACAAGGCAUUGCCUUCAGUCAUAUCCGGGUCAGUGAGACUGUACGUUUAUGCCCCUUCACUUGAACCCUCCAACGGCACAUGAAGUAAACUCUUGAUUCUCUGAGCGGAGCUGCUCAGUGUCUUUAAGUGCAUGAUGCCACUGCUGCAUUCCAGCCAUGUUCGCUGUCUGUUUCCCUGUGAUGCUUGACUUCCAGAUUCUUCCUCGUCAAAGUGUAGCAAUAAAGCGGUUUGUCUCCUAUCUCAGCCUAUUCACCCUUGCAUGCUGUAGCCAGAUGGAUCCUAUUUUGACCUGAUAGUGUAUGUAGCCAAUAGAGUGUGCAUAGCUAGCCACACCAGUCUGUAUCUCUGUGGAGUUGAAGCAUGACUUAGAAAACUUAUUUUCUGUAUUGUGGGAGUGUGAUUCCUUCCUCAUGGAAUUAUAUUUAAAAAAGAAAACCUUUUUCUGCGUGCUUGUUUAUUAAGAAAUAUUUUCUAUUGUUAAAAAUAUUCUGUUCUACUAUUUUUAUGAACUAAAAGCUGCUUUCGUAGAGAGAAGAAAACUGCUGUUUAUGAGGAGACACCCAAACCUCCGUGUCUGGCAUCCUCACACAAAUCCAGAUGAUUUAUUUUAUGGUAUAGCAUGCUACUCACAGUACGGCUUACCACAGCCAUUAACUCUCCUCUAAUCUGUUCUAGCAUGCACUGCCUGCAAGCCUGUGGCUCUUACAUGCAUGCUUUGAUGAAACAUUCAUACAGGCCCAGCAGCGGACACACAGUGAGUCUGUUUUAAUGUAGUCCUCAUGCAUGCGCUAAAGGUAGCGGUCCUCUUGAAUGUAAGGUGCUUUUUUGACCUGUGUCUUCUUCAUGAGUUUGGUGUGCGAACCUUUUUGAGGACAUUUUCAGGACGGUUUGACAUCAGGCUGGGGGUUCCCCCUCCUCACCGCUCCUGCUGUAGUCAACAGGUAGCUGGUUUUCAAAUGUGCCAACCUAUUUUCAUAAACAUAUCAAACUUUUCGUGUUGAGCUGUAGCACAACCGAAUGUGUGGCUACGGUUAUUGUGGAUUUCCUUUUGUUGAAUGCCUGUAUUUUUACUGUUUGAGCUGUUCCUUAACAGUUUUGUAACUCAAAAUGAUGGCAAGUGUUGAUUUUGGAGAGAUUUAUUUGGACACCAUAACCUGACUGACAUUAUGUUGUUGAACUUCUUAUCAUAUUUAAAAUAGAUUUUAAAGUCUAUAUAGUAGCUUAAAUGCUUACUUUGAGUUUCUAAGAUAAUAAAAAUGAGGAUUUUUUUAUACAUUUGCUUUAAACAGUUGAUGGAAAGGAGUUAUGUACAAUAUUUUUCCUGUAAAUUGGAUAUUUUCAUACUGUAUGAUACAGGUUUUAAUUGUUAUAUGUAGGUAUUACUAGCUAUUAUUGUACAUUAAGUCUUUUUCAGAGAUAUAUUAUGAAUGAUCCGAUAUUUGUCAAGUUCUUUUGUUGAAGAUGUAUUUAUUGAGAUGUUUUAUGUGAAUGUAAAUUUUGUUAAAGACGAUAUUUUAUACUUAGUGUUUGCACUGCAAUGAUAUUGACGUAUUAUGAUUCUAAAAAUAAAGCCAGUGGGGACGUGUCUCCUGGAGUAAGA